UUCUUGGCCAUUAUCCUGGUUAUCUUUAUUGCAGAAGUAUCUGCUUUUGUCCUGGGAUUUGUUUAUCGGGAAAAGGUAAAAACUGACGUGCAAAGCACAAUGCACUCAGUCUUUGAGAAGUAUGAUGGGAAAAAUCCAGAGUCUACUGUUGUGGAUUACUUGCAAGAACAGCUUCAUUGUUGUGGAGUGAAGAACUACAGUGACUGGACAACCACGCAGUGGUUUAAUUCCACCGGUAACAACAGUGUCCCUCUGAGUUGCUGCCAGCAAGAUAUGAAGAACUGCACAGGGCGCCUGGAUCAGCCACAGGAGCUGAAUACACGGGGCUGUGAAGCGGAGCUGGAGUCUGGGCUGCAGAGCGUCAUCAGCUAUGCUAUGCUUGUAAUUCUGGGGUUUGCCAUUGUAAAGUUCUUCGGCAUGCUGAGUGUCUGCGUGCUUACGUGCAAGAGAGAAGACAGUGGAUACCAGCCUCUUUACUCGGGGGUGUUUGCUUAA